UGGGCAGCUCUUGAUACGGGUCCUUUUGCUGGAGGUGACAUUCAGCCGGCUAGCAGCAGACGAUCGAACAGCGUCGAUUACCGUCUCAAAAUGGCACAAGCAGUGCAAAAGCUGGUCGCCAAAGUGCCAAGUAUGGUUGGCGCCGCUGUCACCUACUCCAAACCUCGGCUAGCAACCUUCUGGCAUUACGCCCGCGUUGAACUUGUCCCACCUAGUCCAGCCGAGAUCCCCAAGGCCAUCGAGGGGGCAUCCAACAUCAUCAAGGGUUUCCAGACGGGACGCCUUGGACAAACAACAGUCAAGGAUGCUCUCAGGAAUGGGCUGGUGGCUACUGAAGUACUGAUGUGGUUUUACAUUGGCGAAUGCAUUGGAAAAGGAGGAAUUAUUGGCUAUAAUGUCUGAACUUUUGGACUGUCUAUUUUCUUUUCCUCUUGAGCAUUGUAUGCUCUGCAUCCUACAAAAUAUUAGGGAACAAUAAACAGAUGUGUAUUAUUACAAAAAA